CCCGACGGUGCCAUGGACGAGGCCGUGGGCGACCUGAAGCAGGCGCUGUCCUGCGUGACCGACAAGCCCGCGGUGCACGUAGAGGUGCACCAGCGCGCCAGCAGCACCGCCAGGAUGGACGACAUAAGGCAGAGAGUCCAGAAGCUGCUCAACCGACACAGCAUUGUGUUCGGGGACUACACCUGGACCGAGUUUGACGACCCUUUCCUGAGCAGGAACGUGCACUCAGUGGCCAUCGUGGACACGGAGCUGAAGGCAAAAGACCUCCAGCCCAUCAACCUGAGCGCCUGCUCCGUGGCACUCCACAUCUUCCAGCUGAAUGAGGACGGCCCGAGCAGUGAGAACCUGGAGGAAGAGGCCGAGAACAUCGUCGCCGCCAACCACUGGGUGCUGCCGGCAGCCGAGUUCCACGGGCUCUGGGACAGCCUGGUGUAUGACGCAGAGGUCAAGUCACAUCUCCUGGACUACAUGAUGACGACACUGCUGUUCUCAGACAAGAAGGUGGACAGCAACUUGGUGGCCUGGAACCGUGUGGUGCUGCUGCAUGGGCCCCCAGGGACCGGGAAGACGUCACUGUGCAAAGCUCUGGCCCAGAAGCUGAGCAUUCGGCUCUCCGGCAGGUUCCGGUAUGGGCAGCUGAUCGAGAUCAACAGCCACAGCCUGUUCUCCAAGUGGUUCUCAGAGAGUGGCAAGCUGGUGACCAAGAUGUUCCAGAAGAUUCAGGACAUAAUCGAUGACAAAGACGGGCUGGUGUUUGUGCUCAUCGACGAGGUGGAGAGCCUCACCGCUGCCCGCAGCGCCAGCAGGGCGAGUGCAGAGCCCUCCGACGCCAUCCGUGUGGUGAACGCAGUCCUCACCCAGAUCGACCAGAUCCAGAGGCACUCCAAUGUGGUGAUCCUGACCACGUCUAACAUCACUGAGAAGAUCGACCUGGCCUUUGUGGACCGUGCGGACAUCAGGCAGUACAUCGGGCCGCCCUCAGCCGCUGCCAUCUUCAAGAUCUACCUCUCGUGUUUGGAGGAGCUGAUGAAGUGCCAGAUCAUCUACCCGCGGCAGCAGUUGCUGACGCUGCGUGAGCUGGAGAUGAUCGGCUUCAUCGAGAACAACGUGUCCAGGCUGAGUCUACUGCUGAGUGACAUCUCCAGGAAGAGUGAGGGCCUCAGUGGCCGCGUCCUGCGGAAGCUGCCUUUCCUGGCCCACGCCCUGUACAUCCAGGCCCCCACGGUCACCAUCGAGGGCUUCCUCCAGGCCCUCUCACUGGCAGUGGACAAGCAGUUUGAGGAGAAGAAGCAGCUGUCGUCCUGCACGUGACGUAGCUGCCUGCCAUGGGAUAUGGGCAGCCCCAUCCUCGAGGGCCCC